CUAUAUAUACACCACAAAUCAGCAAUAUUAGGACUGCGGUUUUGUCAAAUAUCUCUAUAUAUAUUACUAUUGAAAUAACAGAAAUAAAAUCUGCGUGAAUUAAGGAAAGAGCGGCUGAAAUGGCGGUGGAGAGCGGCGGCGCGGCGGCGGCGACGGUGGUAGUGAGAGAAUUCGAGCCAAAAAAAGACGGCAGGGCGGUGGAGGAAGUGGAGAGUAGGUGCGAAGUGGGGCCCAGCGGGAAGCUCUUCUUGUACACCGACCUCAUGGGCGACCCCAUCGCCAGAAUCCGCCAUUCCCCCGCCUAUCUAAUGCUCGUGGCGGAGUUGCAGGAGGUCGGCGCCGGAGAAAAUGGCGGAGGGAAAAGAGAAAUCGUGGGGAUGAUCAGAGGCUGCAUCAAAACCGUUACUUGUGGAACUAAGAUUUCCAGGAAUGGCAGAAACGUUAACGCCGCCAUUAAAGCCCCACCUCAGCCUCUCCCAAUCUUCACCAAACUUGCUUAUAUUUUAGGCCUCCGCGUCUCUCCCACUCACCGAAAAUUGGGGAUUGGCCUGAAACUGGUGAAGAAAUUAGAGGAAUGGUUUAUAGAAAAUGGCGCUGAGUAUUCAUACAUGGCUACGGAAAUCGACAACGAAGCUUCUGUAAAUCUCUUCACUAAGAAAUGCGGCUACACGAAGUUCCGUACGCCGGCGAUUUUGUGCCAGCCUGUAUUCGCUCACCGAGUCAAGCUCCCCAACCGAGUCGCCGUCGUCAGACUCGGCGUCUCCGACGCCGAGACAAUCUACCGCCGCCGGUUCUCCUCCACCGAGUUCUUUCCCCGCGACAUCGGCGCCGUGCUGGGCAACAAGCUGAAUCUUGGCACGUUCGUGGCGGUGCCGGCGGGAUCGUCCGCCGCCGCGGCGUGGCCGGGGGCGGCGGCGUUUCUGGCGAGUCCGCCGGAGUCGUGGGCGGUGCUGAGCGUUUGGAACUGCAUGGACGUUUGCCGACUCGAAGUCCGCGGCGCGUCGCGCGUGAGGAAAGCCUUGGCACGGACGUCACGUGCUUUGGACCGUGCCUUGCCGUGGCUGCACGUGCCUUCCGUGCCGGAGGUUUUCCGGCCGUUCGGGUUCCAUUUUCUUUACGGGCUCGGCGGCGAAGGCCCGAAUGCAGUGAAGAUGAUCAAUGCGCUGUGCCGGCUGGCCCAUAAUCUGGCGAAGGAGGGCGGCUGCGCGGUGGUGGCGACGGAGGUUGCCGGCGGGGAGCCGCUCAGGUUAGGGAUCCCACACUGGAAGAGGCUAUCGUGCGCGGAGGACCUGUGGUGCAUCAAACGGUUAGGGGAAGACUAUAGUGACGGGUCUGUGGGUGACUGGACUAAGUCAAACCCUGCUCCCUCCAUUUUUGUUGAUCCUAGAGAGUUCUAAAUUAAAUAAUUUCAGUUAUUUAAUUAAGAAUUAUCUGAACUCAUAUAAAUUAAUUAUAUUAACUGUACUGUUGUGUAAUUAUAAAUCAAUGACGAUAUCUGGGCUAGUGUUGUUGGUGUUUACGUUGUUCAAGCUAGCU